AAUCAGAUGCAGCAGCGCGGUUAGACUUUGGCUCGCGGAAGUGGUGCUGGAUAAGGAAUAAAUAGAGCUGGAGAGUUGUUUUAUUAGAAAUAAGUAUAAAUUUAAAAAAAUCUAGUUAGUGUUCGACUUCAAUUGAGAGGUGAAGUCUAACAGGCAGAACUAUUUUCCUACCACAUGCCCAAAAUAAUCCGUGUGUGAAUGACCUUAUUGCGCAUAGUCAGUGGUCUCUGUGGGGUAUCUUUAUAAACACAAAACGUCAAGUUGAAACCUUUUCUUAGCACCAGUCUAACAACACUCUAGUGGAAACUACCAACAAUUCUCUUGCAAACGUUUCUGGUACGAGAUAGCAAAAAAGAUAUGGCAUACCUUCUCUCUUGUCAACUAAAGACAACACUGAAGCCCUUGACAUUGAGGACUGCUUUUGUAUGGUGUGCAAAUCAUCGACCAUACAGCAGUAGAUAUGAAGGAUCUGAAUAUUUGCACAAAAGUAUUGUUCCUACUAUGCACUACCAGAAAAGUUUACCGAGAUUGCCAGUUCCGAAGCUGGAGGACACGAUACAGAGAUAUUUGGCAGCCCAGAAGCCCCUAUUAAACCCGGAACAGUACAGUAAAACGGAGAAACUGGCUCGUGAAUUCCAGAAUGGUGUUGGCAAGGAGCUACACGAGGAGCUUGUGGCUCUGGACAAAAUGAACAAGCACACCAGCUAUAUUUCAGCUCCAUGGUUUGACAUGUACCUCUCUGCCCGUGAAUCUGUGGUCUUGAACUUUAAUCCUUUCAUGUCAUUCAACCCUGACCCGAAACCUGAGUACAAUGACCAGCUUGUUCGGUCUGCUAACAUGGUGUGUUCUGCAGUUCGGUUUAUGAAAACCCUGCGUGCGGGUCUCCUUGAACCAGAGGUGUUUCACUUAAACCCCUCAAAGAGCAACACUGAUACUUUUAAGAAGUUCAUUCGAUGGGUGCCCUCCUCCAUCUCAUGGUUUGGAGCCUACAUGGUGAAUGCCUAUCCGCUGGAUAUGUCUCAGUACUUCCGUCUCUUCAAUUCUACACGGAUCCCCAAACCCAAGCGGGAUGAGCUAUUUACUGACCAGAAAGGUCGCCAUGUGCUUGUCAUGAGAAGAGGAAAUAUGUAUAUAUUUGAUGCGCUGGAUAAGGAUGGUAAUAUGGUGAAACCAGCAGAAAUCCUGUCACACCUCAAAUACAUUCUUGCAGACGCAACACCAGCUGCUGCUUUUCCUCUAGGUGUUCUGACGAGCGAGAACAGGGACGUUUGGGCUGGACUAAGGGAAAAGCUUCUACAGGCAGGGAAUGGUGAGGCUCUGGGUUUAGUGGAUAAUGCUCUGUUCUGCAUGUGUCUUGAUGAGAAGGAAAUGCGUGAUCAUAUACAGAUCUCCCACAAUAUGCUCCAUGGGGACGGCUGUAACCGAUGGUAUGACAAGUCCUUUAGUAUCAUUUUAACCAAAGAUGGACAAGCAGCCAUCAAUUUUGAGCACUCUUGGGGUGAUGGUGUGGCUGUCCUACGUUUCCAAAAUGAAGUCUUCAAAGACACAACAGAGACUCCAUUGAUUGGUCCUGGCACACAACCUCCUGCUGUAGAUUCAGCUUCUGCUGUGCGGAGGCUAGAAUUCAAGCUAAACCCUGAACUGGAACAAGGAAUAAGAAAAGCCAAACAGAAUUUCCAGGAUGCUGUCUCAAAGCUAACGAUUGAUGCCAUGGAGUUUAAGCAAGGGGGAAAAGAGCAGCUGAAGAAGAAGCAGCUCAGCCCUGAUGCCAUUGCACAACUGGCUUUCCAGAUGGCAUUCCUGCGGCAGUACGGGCAGACCGUAGCUACUUACGAGUCCUGUAGUACGGCAGCUUUCAAACAUGGCCGCACAGAGACCAUCCGGCCUGCCAGUAUACACACACAGAGCUGUGCCCAAGCCUUUGUUCAACAGCCUGGUCAGCAGAGUGUGGAGCAGCUCACAGGUCUACUGCAUGCCUGCUCCAAAUAUCAUGGGCAGCUCACAAAGGAGGCAGCCAUGGGACAAGGUUUUGACCGGCAUCUUUUUGCCUUACGCUACCUGACAAAUUCUAAAGGAAUGCCUAUGCCAAGUCUGUACCAGGACCCAGCUUAUGCGGCCAUAAAUCACAACAUCCUGUCUACCAGCACACUCACUAGCCCAGCUGUCAAUUUAGGUGGCUUUGCCCCAGUGGUUCCAGAUGGUUUUGGAGUGGGCUACGGUGUCCAUGAUGACAGGAUCGGUUGCAAUGUUUCCAGCUACCCUGCCAGGAACGUCCACGAAUUUCUCAGAUGUGUUCACAAGUCUCUGGAGGACAUUUUUACUGUUCUUGAAGGAAAGCCAAUUAAAUCCAGCUAAUCUAAAUACUAAUGUGCUUCAGUGGAAUGAGAGUGGGUUUUGAGGUUUAAAGGUUAAUGUUUAUAUUAACAAUUGUUUGUCUGCAGUUGUUUGAGUAGAUCAGAUCCUCUGUACUUUCAAUUCUGCCUAACAAUCAAUUAACAUGUUCUGCAAAUUUGUACAGGAUGUUCAAAUGUUCACUGUACAAUUUGAAAUUUAUACACUUUAAAUUGGUAAAUGUAAAAUGUAAGUACUUUAAGUUCACAUUAUUUAAAAGUAUUGCUAAUUUAAAAGUGAAAUCAAUGAUUUGGUUCAAAUACCUCAAAAUGUGCCUUGGUGUAGAUUAGGUUAAUUGUCAAUAUUUUACCCCACCUGGAAUAAAAUAAGUUAAAGUUG